ACCGCUCAGAUAGCCCUAGACCUGCCAUGUUUUGCUUUCUCGACCUGCGGAUCCCUGCUCUCGUCCAAUCACAGUCCAUUGUUUGCUAUGAAGAAACAGUGUUUAGUAAACAAUAAGUUCUAUUCCUUCGUACUUCCGAAAUGUGGCUAAGGGAUUUAUUCGUGCUCAUCGUUAUUGCUGUGGCGUGUGUCACGGCCGCAGCAUGGCCUGCUUUACUGGAUGACGAGCCCAAUGUUGCAGCCGACUAUCUUGGCUGUUAUAAAGACGAUAAAGCUCCGCUUACUUACUGGCACAAUAACAUCCAAGAUCGCUCGCUAGCCUACCCUAUCAAGAAUUACUUUGGUUCUGUCAAGAAAUGUGUUGACGCAUGCGCAGAUAAGUUUUACCCUUACGCCGGGCUUCAGGCGGGAUUCCUGUGUUUCUGUGGCACAGAUUUCAAUAAAUAUGGCCGACUGGAUGAUAAUUUCUGCAACAUAAAGUGUCGAGGGAACCACAUCUCAACUAAGCACCUACAAAGAACCAAGCAUGGGGAAUUCUGGCUGGACUGUGGCGGCAAGUGGGCAAACUCUAUAUAUUCCACAUACGGGUUACUGCAGCAAGAACACCGCAUUGCUGAGGCGAAGAUGGAUGAUUCGUGGCUUUGGAACAGGAAAAAAUAAGUCUUCUCAGAGAUGACGUCACGGCUACUUGUCGCAAGGCUGACACGAUGACCAGACGAAAUGCAACCUGGGAAAAAUCAUGCUAGUCCAAUAAUCUGACAAAUUCAUAGAUGUCAUCGUCCCCACUCAGUUUUGCCCUGUUCUCUAUCGCAUUCGAUUGACUAUAGUUUAGACAUACACAAGUUUGUCAAUUUAUUGGACAACCCUUACGAGAGCAGAAGAAAAUAGAGCUCAAUGCAGCCGUGCUUGGUGUCAGUCUGAAACACCAAUCCCAGGAACGCUCGUGCAGUGAAACAAGGGACAUGUUCUUCAUGUUGUUUUUCAUUUAAUGUUAGAAUAAAAAAAGAUGUAAACGCGAUCUAUUCUAUCUAUCUCGCUUUUCACAUAAAUUUUAAAUUUCUGCGCGAGAACUUCAUGUUUACAGUAAAGUAUUUCUUAAUAAAUAAAUAAAACAGU